AUGGAUGGAAAAUGCCCAAGGCGGUCUGCCACACACGAGGCUGCCACAGCCAGCCCCACGAUUGAUAAGAAAGCAUGCAAUACCACUACCAAUGUAAUGCUCCUGCAGAUGGCAACAGAAAUCAACGAAACUGCCAAAAUGGAAAAGCUGACAAAAACAACACACCAAGAAGAGGCAACAGAACGAGUGCCACCAGGCAAUACCCACCAACAAGGAGAAAUAAUCCAAACCACACUUCGUCGUACAAGCCAACUGCCAUCCCAACCUGGAGCGUACAUGGGAGCUCCAGGUGUGGCCUUGCUGCGUGCAACCACUCUCCAAUUCUCCCUUGUGGGAGCAAGUUGUGCUCAUGACCAAGCAAGUACGCUGGAAGAGACCCCAGUGUUACACACAGGUAUGCGUCAAACCAUCCAACAACAGCAGCAACAAGUCUUGGUGCCCGGUGCCUACUCCAUGGCGGGCCCGGGAAAUUCUAAUUUAACUAAUAAUGACACAACAACCGAGCUGCCGGUAAUCGACCACGUGAUGGACCCGGCUCUAUUUCCCAAUCAAGCAAGGCAAUCCGGCACUUCCAUGGACCAAUUGGCAGUGGCUAACCGAGUCAUGGACGAUCCAGAAGAUUUAAUGCACGCGGAUCCAGUUCAUUUGGAGGAACAAGAGCAAAGGGAACAAGCAACAAAAAAGCAGAGACAAACACUCCUCUUUAGUCUGUUUCUGGUUGUCUGCGCUGUGGCUGCCAUUGUAGGGACUGUGGCUGGCACCGCUGGAAAGAAGAAUUCAGUUGUUGUGUACCAAACACCAUCUCCUAUUGUCUUGGGCUCCAUGGCUCCUUCUGAAAUACCAUCAUCAGCCCCUACAGGAGUGCUGGACUUGCUUUUGGAUAAUCUAUCCAAUCAAACAUUGGCUAGGAUCAACAGUGGCAGUGAAACUCCUCAGUGGAGAGUAUGGAAUUGGCUUGCAAACCACCAAAACAUCACAUGGCUACCAGAAUGGAGAAAGGAGCAGUUGUUCGCUCUUGCUACAUUCUUCUAUGCAUUUGAGGGAGAAAAGUGGAAUCCUCUGAUAAAGGAGCGAUGGAUGGAUGACAUGGUGGGAGAGUGUGACUGGUUCUCCAAUGGAUUUGGUUAUUUUGAUUUUGACGGACAAUACUUUGAUUUGGAUGUUCCUUGGCGAUAUUCAUGCAACAGCCAUGGCAACUUUACCUCUCUUUGGUUGGAAAACCUCCAGCUUUCUGGUUUGACUCCUUCUAUUCCACCGGAGAUCACUAUGCUGAGCUCGUUGUCCCUUCUUCAGUUCAGUUCCAAUGAUAUUGCAACAUCAAUUUCAUCUCUGAUUCCAGCAGAAGUGUAUGAGAUGACUGAUUUGACGAGUUUUGGAAUCUUUUUGGAACAAGUGACUGGCCAAUUCCCAAGUGAGCUAGGACUACUCACUGCUUUGAAACAGUUGUAUUUGAUGGAAAAUGAGCUAACUGGCCAGAUCCCCUCUGAAAUUGGAGAGCUAACUGACUUAUUUGCCUUGCCGUUAUGGAACAACCAUUUCACUGGGCAAGUUCCUUCCGAACUUGGCAGACACACUAACAUGUAUUUCUUGGAGUUGUCCCUGAAUCAGUUCACUGGGCCCCUUCCAUCAGAGCUUGGAAGACUUCCUGGUGUGUCACACUUUGGGUGCAAAGAUAAUCAGUUCACUGGACCUGUCCCCUCUGAGUUUGGUCAGCUGCUUGGUUUGACAUUCUUCAAAUUUGAUGGCAACCAGUUGACAGGACCUUUGCCAUCAGAGCUUGGACUUUUGACCAAUCUGAAGGCUUUGAAUCUAACUGGCAACCUUGGCUUGUCUGGAACAAUUCCAGAGGAGCUAUGCUUCUUGCAGAAUGUGUCUUGUUCUGUCUAUGGAGAUGAUCAUUGGUUCACUCAGUCCUGCCAUAUUGACUUUGAUUGUACCUCUAUUUUGUGUGGAUGUGAUUGUUCCUGUUCCAAUUCUUCUUUGAUGUAA